AUGAGCUCGAUCAAUUCGGCUUUUCAGGACUUGCGAGACUACAUUCCAACGUUUCCCUUUGAGAAGAGACUCUCAAAAAUCGACACUUUAAACCUAGCAAUCGCUUACAUCAAUAUGUUGAAUGGGAUUUUGAGUUCAACUUUUCCACCCGAAGAAUACUUGAGACAAUCAGUUCGAUUCUCUAAAGACGGCUUUGCCCAGGCGCCUGCAUGGAGCACAAGUGAUCUAGUCGCUCGUUUGAGUUGGAUCGAUUGGCCGAAACUCGGCAUGAGAGCGCCACAUUUG